GUUGCGGGAGGGUUGAAUUUGACCAAGAUCGCCCCCAGCUCAAAUCGAACGCUCAGUUGUCGUUUUGCCUUGGCAUCGAAAUGAAUCGAAUUUUGUUAGCGGCGUUGAUUUUGGGAAUCUGCGGAGGAGCCCGCGCAGAUCUUGGACUGAAACUCACCAUACCGGAGCUGGUGCCCGGAGUGACCAAAGCCAUAAACCGAGGCGUUGUGGAGUUGAUCAAGGCGAAUGCCACCACCAGAACCAUCGCUGAGCAGGACACUUCCGGAGUGUUUGUCACCUUGACCGCGGUAGUUAACAACGUGACGAGUCCGCUGAAUCGGUUACUUGGAACGACGCUAUCCGCCGCGUCCGACAAGACUUCCAAGAGUCAAACCUUGUUCGCGAAUCUGGCCACGUUGGUGGGCAGUACGAAGGAGGCCAUCAACAAAGCUCUGACCGCUUCGGAAAGCAUGGAGUGGGACGUUCGGGCUUCACAGUUUGAAGGAAUUCAAGGAAAUAUUUCGGUCAUUGCUUCCUACUUGUCCCAGUUACAGGACGGGUUUACCGUACUCAGCACCGCUGUAUCUCUAGCGGAAAACUCUGAAGUUCCUGUUACUUCAGAAAACGUAGCCGAGUUCUUCUCCAGCUCGAUCAUCGACACGGUAAUUCAUGCCCUGCAGAACAUCACCCGAAGUGUCAACAACCUUGCCCCGAUCGUAAUCGAAAUCACCAAGGACAAAACCGCUUCCCAGAACGCCGUAUCAGUUACCAACACCAGCAUCACCAACGCAGUUCGAGCUCUGCAAGCUCCCACCGCAGCCUUCAACCGAUCGCUAGCCGAAGCCAACGGAACGGCCCUCACCAACGCCAACGGGCUCCAGCAGGCCAUCCUCGCCCUGUACACGACCAUAACGGGCCGCCCACAGAACUACAACGGCGGUGACGUCACCAACCUGAACGCCUUCCUUGCCAACUUUUCCGCGGCCGUCACCGACUUCAGCGGAAACGUCUCCCAAGCGUACCAGAACGUGCGCGAGAACGUCACGACCUUCCUGAACACCUCGAUCAACCAAACGGCCCUAGUUCUGCUGGAGGUUACGAAGAACAUCACCGGCCGCGCCCAGGCCAGCGAUAGUCCGUUCGGGGAUCGUUGUGCGGCCCGGUACACGGCACAGUUGACGCAAACGCCCCUGCAGGUCAGCCGUGCCGCGCUCUGUCUGCAGUCGGAGCUGAACAGCUUCGGGCCAGUUACGCAGCUGAACCGGAUAAUGCUGGACCAGACGAGGUUGCUGGCUGGAUCCAGUUCGGCGCAGGUUCAAGCGCGGCAGUGCUCCCAAGGGUUGACCGAGUGUAUCGCGAUGCACUUUGCCCGCUUCCACGAUCUGUCCCGCCAGGUGCGCGACAAACUCGCCAUGAACAGCGAGCUGUUGGCGCGCGAAACGACCACGAUCCAGACCCGAGUGGAGUCCUGCACGGCGGCAAUCCGCACCGACAUCGGCGACAACGCGCGCAUGAUUUGGACCAAGUUUGAAAACUGCCUCAACAGUGGGGCUUAGACGAUUUAUUAUGUACUCUUUUUCGACACACAAUUGCUAAUAAAAUUGGUCAAUUCGGUGAGCACUCUGGAGUAAACCUUUCCGGCAUAUUCGUAGCACUGUUCCAUACGGAAAAUGGCGUAGUCGACGUUGUUGAAGGCAGUCGUGUACAUCGCCUGAAGCAUCUGGGUCAUACCCACCCUGGAGGGUCUCAGGUAGGGCUGAAAGUGCUGUUUGUUGAUGGGUUAGUAAGAUUAAAUUAUUUACGAAAAUUGUCAAUCUCUUACGUUAUUUUCGAAACUCUCAACGCAAAAUUCCUUUUCAAGGGUGGUAUUACACGUGGCCAAAUCAGCGAUCGGUUGCAUUACGAAGGUGUAGAACAUGUUCAUGAAACGAUCGACGACCUGGCGAGUAACUGGUGCUGCCCUGACGAGAUUGUUGGUACAGUCCAUUCCCAUAAACUGAGCAGCUGAUAGCUGUUUCGUCAACGUUGGAUUCACAGUGAUACAUGCAUCAAUCUUCGAUUUAUCCAGAAAGGAAUUGGAUAUGGAUUUUAUGAUUGUUUCGAAAUUCUGCUCGUAUGAUUUGUUCAGGGAUUUAAGAUACAAUUCUGUAAAGAUAUUAGUUUGAUUCAUAACAUGUG